AUGAGUGUUCCAUUUGAUAUCGACCCAUAUGAAGUGUUGCAUGUAGCCAAGGAUGCCACUCCGUUGGAAAUCAAGAGGUCCUACAAAAAGUUGAGUCUUAAGUAUCACCCCGACAAAAUCCAACAAGCUGGAAAUUCGGUGGAAAAUGAUACUUUUCCCAAGAUCCAGUUUGCUUAUAGCAUACUUUCUGACGCCGUGAAACGACAACGGUACGAUCAGACCGGACUGAUGGCUAGCGGUGUGGAUGACGAAGGCGGGUUCUUCGACUGGAAGGAAUAUUUCCUGACUAUGCAUGAUAAAAUCACCAUUGAUAUGAUCGAUGAAGAUCGCAAACGAUACCAAAAUUCUGAGGAGGAACGCCAAGAUAUUGUUCAGAACUUUAUUUACUAUGAAGGUGACUUUCUAAAGCUCUUUGAAGUGAUACCACAUUUGGAGUUUGAUGAGGAAGCGGAACAGCGGGUAUUUGCCAUAGUUGAAGAGGCUAUUGGUGACAAGAAAGUUGACGAAACUGUGAUUAAAUCGUUUGAAAAGUACAAGAAAUCCCGCAAGACAAAGGUUAAACAGAUGCUCAAGCGGCUAGCAAAGGAAGCAAAGGAAUCGGAAAAGUUGGCGGCAGCCAUAAAAGACAAGGGUAAUCGGCGGUUGGACUCCGAGAGUGAUCUCAAAGCAUUGAUCCAGAGCCGUCAAAGUAGUCGGAUGGACAGUUUGAUAGACAAGUUGGAGUCGAAGUAUGGGGCGAAAAAGGGAAAGAAACGAGCACCGACGGAGGAGGAGUUUGAAAAGAUCCAGGCGGGUUUGAAGAGGAGAAGGUAG